CCCGGGGCCGACGGCUGGGGGCUGGCGAGCGGCGGCGGGGGCGCCCGCGACGCCUGGCUCCGGACCCCGCUGGCCCCCGGCGAGAUGAUCACGGCGCAGAGCGCGCUGCUGGAGAGGGAAGCGCAGGAGUCCAGCACCACCGACGAGGAGCUCGCAGGCCGGAGAGCGGCCAACGGGAGCAGCGAGAGGGGCGGCGCCGCCAGCACCCCCGACUACGGGGAGAAGAAGCUGCCACAGGCGCUCAUCAUCGGGGUCAAGAAAGGAGGGACCCGCGCGCUGCUGGAGGCGAUCCGAGUACACCCGGACGUGCGGGCGGUGGGCGUAGAGCCGCACUUCUUCGAUAGGAACUACGAGAAGGGGCUGGAGUGGUACAGAAAUGUGAUGCCUAAGACUUUGGAUGGGCAGGUGACCAUGGAGAAGACGCCGAGUUACUUUGUGACGAAUGAGGCUCCCAAGCGUAUCCACGCCAUGGCCAAGGACAUCAAGCUCAUUGUGGUGGUGAGAAACCCCGUGACCAGGGCCAUCUCCGACUACACCCAGACACUGUCCAAGAAACCCGAGAUCCCCACCUUCGAGGUACUGGCCUUCAAAAACCGGACCCUAGGGCUGAUCGACGCCUCCUGGAGCGCCAUUCGAAUAGGGAUCUAUGCUCUGCACCUGGAAAACUGGCUCCAAUACUUCCCCCUCUCCCAAAUCCUCUUUGUCAGUGGUGAGCGACUCAUAGUGGACCCUGCCGGGGAAAUGGCCAAAGUACAGGAUUUUCUGGGCCUCAAGCGUGCGGUGACUGAAAAGCAUUUCUAUUUCAACAAAACCAAGGGGUUCCCUUGUCUCAAGAAGCCAGAAGACAGCGGUGCCCCCAGAUGCUUAGGCAAGAGCAAAGGUCGGACUCAUCCCCGCAUCGACCCAGAUGUGAUCCACAGACUGCAGAAAUUCUACAGACCCUUCAACAUGAUGUUUUACCAAAUGACUGGCCAAGAUUUCCAGUGGGAACGGGAAGAGGGUGACAAAUGAGGCUAAGGAAGCGGAGGGAAGGCUAGCGAAUAGCUAAGCAGGCUCCUUACCUGAGUCCUGAAUCCCCCCGGGGUCCACGGCCUCAGCCUCGCUGGAGUGCCAAGCCGAUCCCCUCCUGUGUCCAGCCACGAUCGCUUCCAGCGCUGUAGGUUUAGGCGAAGGGGUGGAUCCCACGGCAUCCUCACGGAGGCACCAGGUUUGCCCGGGCGGCGGCAUCUGGUUGACCAGAUGGCCACCAGGAGCCACUGCUGAUUCUCGUCUUCUGCUAAUGAAUGGAGUCUGAAGACGGGAUAGAUAGCUGUCAAGGUCAGAGACCGUGCCAGGAGCGUUUGGUUAAGUGAUUAAAGAAAAGAAAGGAAGGUCUACUUUGGUCACUUGAGAAGCCUGAGUCCUAGCCCUGCAUCUGGCACAGCCCUCUGCUGUAUAAACCUUUGCUUUGGCACCUCUCCAGAAUGCUCCUUGUGGCUGAGUACUCCAGGACUCCCAGGGAGCCAGGUCCUUUCUCUGGGGCGUCUCUAACCUUCUCCUUAGAGGUCUCAUCCCACAACCCUGUGACUUCCCCCUUCCCCACCUUAUGAAGGCGGAGGCAUGCACGUUCCUCACCAGAAAAAUAAAAAUAAAAAAGCUGACACUCUUGGAAGGCUUCUUUCCAAGGGCCCUCUAGGAAGGGCUGGGUCUUUCUCUCUCCACGAGUGUCCCGGGCUGUGGAGGAGCUUAGCGCGGGCCCUCGUGAUAGACUCGGGCCCGCGUGGCUGUUCUCGGAGCAGCGUGAUUGCCAUUGAGUUCUGAGCCCUGGGGUUGAAACAGAUAAGUGCUAUUUCUGGGGGUGAAGAAAGAAGGCCAGACUUUUCGGUGGGCGGUCUUCAUACGUGAAGACCCGUAGAACCGUGGUUCUAAGAAAUGCUCUAAGAGUGGGCUCCGUCCCUUAGGGUCCCCAGAGGGGCGAGGACGGGAGAGUGGGCAUGUCUUCUGUUAGGAGUAAUCCUGAGCAACGCAACGAACAGGGGAUCGGUCACCAUGCUUCUGUUCGCCCCUCCACGUCCCGCCUCGCGGUCAUCUGGUGCUUUAUUUGCUCUCUGCAGAGAUGGCACACACUGGGGCUCCCUCUGUGGAGGGCCGUCAGAUCCCGUCUGUGGACGUGGGCGAGGGCGAGGGCUGUCUGUGGACACCCCCCCCACCAAGGGCUGCUGAACGAAGCGUCCCUUCCCAUUACUUUGAUUCGAUGGAAACGCAGCACUUGACGUCAAGUCCUUGUUCACAGAUCUCCCAAACCAGGACUGUUCUAGUAAAUUUAAAAAGAUGUAUGAGUGGGGGGGAGCUAAGUCUGUUCGGCUGCUAUGAAACUGUCAUUUCUCCCGCUAAAUGAAAACCGUGUUGUUAUAAAGCUUAAUGCAACCUGA